AUGGCUAUCAGUUUAUCUUCUAAUCUUAAGGGUACACUUAAUGCAACCCCUUUUACUCCUUCUCCCGCUCCAUCUCCAGAGCCAACAAUUUCUCCAUAUCCUGUGUCUCCAGUUCACUCUCCAGCACCCUCACCUGACACAGUAAUCAUCUCCCACCAGCACCAUCCAACCAAGGUACCUCCAAAUCCUCGUCCAUGUCCAUACCGCAGUUCUGGAAUUCCUCCAAGCUCCUCACCAACUUCUCAUCCUAACCCUACUGUUCCUCCUACUUGUGCACCUAAUGGUUCCCCUUACUCGCCUUCUACGAGUCCCUCAUCUCAAUUGCCCCACCAUGUGUUACCUGCACCUGUCGUGUCCAAUGCAACCAAGGGAAGUGCACAAGACUUGAUUUCUCCAUCACCUUCUCCAUCCUUGUCAUAUUUGGUUGUGUUGGCCCCUGUAAAUUGGGUUGAGUUGGUUGUGUUGGCUCUCUGUAACUUUGGUUGA